AUGGCAGGAAUAGAGUCAAUCAACAAACUUGUCUGGUUUCACGGACUCCUUCCGCGUGAAGAAGUCAAGCUACUGCUCGCGAAAAACGGAGAUUUCCUGGUGCGCAUGUCGGAGCCCUCUCCCGGCCAAUCCCGGCAUCUCGUCCUUUCCGUCAUGGCCAACCAGGAUGAUCCGAAUCGCGACGGCGCAAUGCACUACGUGAUUCGGACGAACGACGGACGCUACUCGAUUACUGACAAAGACUCGUACAACACACUCGUAGACCUCAUAAAUCACCACAAAACGGCGCGGAUCAACGAGGAAGUGGUGAACAGUCUACUGAUCAAUGCGAUUCCGCGACAAUCGUGGGAACUCAAUCAUGACGACGUGACGAUGACGAAGACGUUGGGCGAAGGAGCAUUUGGAGAAGUUCGUCUCGGCACUCUUAAGACUCCCGGCAGGAAUAUAGACGUGGCUGUGAAGUGUGUGAGUGAAAGAGCGCAAGCAUCGUUCAUCACCAUUCCUCCUCAUUCGUUUCAGGCCAAACUGGACAAAUGCACAAAAGAGCAGAUCAAGGAGAUCACGACGGAAGCGCGGCUCAUGCGCAACUUCGACCAUCGGAACGUCGUUCGAUGCUACGGGGUGGCGGCCAUCGAUGAGCCGCUUCUGGUGGUGAUGGAGCUGGUGCAGGGAGGUGGACUCGACAGUUACCUCACCAAAAAUUCGGUAUUGUGGCCCGAAAAAAUGGAUGUAAUUGGGCAGGUGGCCGCCGGAUUGGCCUACAUUCACAGCAAAAUGAUCAUGCAUCGAGAUAUUGCUGCUCGAAACGUUUUGUAUGGAAAUGGAACGGUUACUCAAAGUUUCUUUGUUUUUUGACUAAACACACGCUUAUUUCAGGCAAAAGUCUCUGAUUUCGGUUUAUCGAGAGUCGGCGCCCAGUAUCAGAUGGAUCCGAAUAAAAAGGCGCCGAUCAGAUGGCUGUCUCCGGAAACCCUCCAGACGUUUCUCUACACCCAAGCGACCGACGUCUUCUCGUUCGGAGUGCUCUGUUGGGAAGUGAUCGAGAACGGAACGAUGCCGUAUCCGGGGAUGUUGGUGGCCGAAGUGCACGCGAAGGUGGUCAAGGAAGAUUAUCGGAUGGCCGUCAAUCCCGCUGCUCCGGAGCCUUUAAAAGAGCUUAUUGUGAGUGAGAAGACCAGGUUUCCCAUCUGAUUUCCGAGUCUUAUUUCAGCGAAAAUGCUGGCUGCGAGAUCCACUCCAACGCAUGACGAUGGAGCAAGCUCGUCUGUUCUGCGCGACGUCCUCGUUUACCAGCAAAACGAAAGAGCCCGGAUCGGCGGUGAAGCAACGGUCAAUGAGUGUGGAACGCGCCAAAAUGAUAGGAUUGUCGGAUCCGCGUAAGGAAAAAACUGGGUUCGGCAAUCCGAAUCGCACGAACCGCCGUCUGCACAACAAGAAGAAGCUGCCGUCGUCCGCUCCGCCGUCGGCCGGAUCGGGAAGUUUGAGCAAUAAUCGGAGUCUCUCGUUGAAAGUGACGUCGUCCGGAAAGGACCGGAAAAAGGAGGGAGGCGGAGAGCAGAAGAAGAAGCACAAGAAGAGGGAGUAG